AACUCAAUCUCCGACUCUCGGACACCAAAAAUAGAGCGGGUAAUGAAAAAUCUCCAAAAAUCACAGGUGGAGGGGAAGACUUUCAUUGCGUCACGGACAAGUAUAAAUAAACAAAUAAAAAACUACUGCCUUCUUCAUCUCUCCGCUUAAAUUUCGCUAUUCCAUUAUUUCCAGAUUAGGUAAAAAAUUCAUUCAUCAUCAUCAUCAGCGAUUUCAGUACUUUUUUCCCCUACUGGGUCUGCAUUCAAUUGUAGUUUCACGAAAGAAGGAAGGAAAAAAGAGAAAUUUUUGAAUUGUUUGUAAAUUUUUUUCUGCAAUGCCGUCGUUUGUUUCAACAUCAAAGGCGAUUAGGCGUUUAGUUACGCAUCGGAAUGUGUUGAAACAGAGGUUGGGGAUUGAUAAUUAUGGUUGGGGAUUAGGAAAUCAUGAUCAAGUUCGAUGCUUGAGUGGCAUUGUUGGUGUUCCUUCAGUUUCUCCUGGUUGUGAUGCUGGUAGCAAGCUGAUUAAGCCCUCGCCGUCUGGAGAAGUUUAUAGAAUUGGGCCUGUAAUUCAAAGCAGAGGAUUUUUGGGCUGUGGUGAUGGGGAAGAGGGGAGUAUGUUAACCAAAAUACAUGAGGAGAAGCGUGUCUUGGGAUACUCUCCAGAGCAGUUAUAUGCUGUGGUUGCUGCUGUUGACUUGUAUGAAGAUUUCCUCCCCUGGUGUCAAAGAUCAGAGAUCAUAAAACGCCAUCCAGAUGGAUCUUUUGAUGCUGAGCUAGAAAUUGGCUUCAAAUUUCUCGUUGAGAGUUAUGUGUCUCAUGUGGAACUAGACAAACCAAAAUAUAUUAAGACAACUGCUACUGAUACUGGCCUUUUUGAUCAUUUGAUUAACAUCUGGGAGUUCAACCCAGGACCAAUUCCAGGAUCUUGUAACCUUAACUUUUUGGUAGAUUUUAAGUUCCAAUCUCCGUUGUAUCGACAGGUAGCAAACAUGUUCUUUAAGGAGGUGGUCUCUAAACUAGUUGGUUCUUUCCAUGAUCGUUGCCGUUUGAUAUAUGGACCAGGGGUUCCUAUUCGUGAAGAUACAUAUCCACAGAGUUAAUGAAGAUUGGUGUUUGGUUGUGAUGAAAUGAAGCAUGGACCAGUUCAAUUUUCCGAGUACCAGUUGGUCCAACUGCAUUCUAAUUCUUGAGUUAAUUCAAAAAUUGAGAAGGAGCUGAUUCAGCCUCCCUGGUAUUCCCAAUUUCUUAAACUUACUGGGUUGUUUCUUUUUGUUUAUGGCGGGCGGGAUGAGGUUUGGGGUUUGGUGGUGGUGGUGGAUGGAUACCUUUGUAACAUUUAAGGUUACCAUUUUUUGUUUGAUGUCCACAUCAUGUAGGGUUGACCAAUAUAUUUGAAUCAGUUUAUAAGAUAUUUUGAUUAAUACUUAGAAGCUUCUGUACAAUGAUACUUGUUCAUUGAAUUUACAUUAUAGGUAUAGGAAUGACAUUAAUCGAUGUAAUUUGCAGUUAUGCACUCUACUUCUUCUAUGGAACUUAAUCAUUGGGCCUA